AAUCCCCAAACUUACCCCAGGGAAACUACCAACGGGCCAGGCUCUCUCGUUGUGCAAGAAGCCGCGGGGAUCUGCCCCCGUUGGGCAUUUACCAGGGGCGUCUCCUACUUCACACGCAAUUGGGUCUUCCUUGGCAGCAGGCUCAGAAGGGGUGGCUCAUGUAGAGGGCGUUUCCUCUUCUCCGUCCAAAUUAUCAAGAGCGGCGACUGGAGAUGGAGUGCAGGGUGGCUUACCGUUGGAGGUGAAGUCGCCUGCUGUCUGUGCGAAGCCAUCAGAAGCACUGUCCUCUGCUUCUGAUCUGGCUGAGGGGUCUGCCAUUGGCCAUAAGCGUGGCUCAGAGGGGAGACGCCCUUCCUCUGCCUCUCGUAAAACAAGCUUCUAGAGGAUGCCUUCGGAGAGGGUUUUGAGGCUGCGGAUACCACUCCUCUGCCAGUUGAGGCAAGUAACGCCGCUGUGCCCGAAACUAUCUUUGGGUGUCAGGAAUCAGGGGCUGUCGAAGUGACAGGUGUUGAUACUCUCAGUGCUGACGUUUCCUUAUUACCGCCUACCGCUUCUGAGUCUAGUCCAGGAGAUGUCAUUGCUGUGUCCCCGAAGGGUACUAACACUUUUGAAUCUCCUAGCGCUUUCUUAGAGCAGCUAACGUCUUCUGCCGUGCAUACGCCGGUGUACCUCCCCAGUGAUUUGGGUGAAGAUGAUAGCUUAUUUAUACGCCCUUCGAAGACGUAUUCUUCUGGCGCGGGGACAAUUGCACUGGCGUCUGAUAGCAUUAUGGUAUCGACGUUAGUAGAAGGCGGGAAGCCAGCUGCCCCCGUUGCUUCUGCAGCUGCGCUUGCAGGUGGAGAAGCAAGUGACAGAGCCGGAGUUGUGUCAGAAUAUGGGCCUUUUGCGUCUACGGAAGUUAUGGAUGAAAUGCUACGUAUAAGUAGACCCCAUCUGCCGACAGAAGCGAUUGGAUCCUUGAGCGGGCAAGGUGAUUUGCUGCAACAAGUAUCAGAUCACAUUUGGAUGAUAACUUGGUUCAAAAAUUGGGCCUUUUUUAUAUCUCUUGAUAUGUAUAAGAUGUUAUUUUUAAUGGGUGUAAGUGAUUUUUCACAGAGCUAUGUAUGCGCAUCUGCUGCAAGGCGGGAAUAUGCAGCGGCUAUACAAAAUGGCUCUAAACUGGCGUAGCAGACGGCAAAGUUAGAAGAGGAGCGGGCGGGGAGAAUGAUGGCUGAGGCAAAUCGGGACGUGCUCGUGGAAGCCAUCAAGAGGUUAGAAGCAGAGUUGGCAGAGGCAAAAAAGAGGGUGACUACCACAGAGGAGAAGCUGGUUAGUACUGUCGGGCUCGAAGUAGAGCGAGACAAACUGAAGGCUGACUUGGUGGAUAUGACCAAUAAAUGGAUGGAAAAAAGUCAAUUCUGCGUUCAGCAUGAAGCCCGCAUGGAGAAGCUUAGCAUUAUGAUGAAUGACCUUGAAGAAGAUAUUGUGUUGUUGCAAGCUGAUAAGGAGAUCUUAGACAAAGAGAAGACAAAGUUGGAGCGAAGGGCAAACAUUCUUGAGGCCAGCGCAGCGGGCGCCAAGAAGCAGAAGUUGGAGGCUGAGCUUCUUUUUGGGAAGAAGUUGAAGGAAGCAGAAGAGGCGGUAACCGAAACCAAGAAGCAGUUGGAGGAGAUGGCAGAGAGGGCAGCAGAGGCGGCGAUUGAAGCCACUAGGCAACGCAUUCAAGAUCGGGAGAUUACCGAACGCAGACUUGUGAGGGUGGCUGAGGUGGAUACUGCGAAGUAUCUGGACCUAGCAUUACGUAAUAAGAAGUAGACCCCAGAAGAGAAAUGGGCAAAACUGGAGAUGUAUUGUAAAAGCGUCGAUGUAAAAAUAGGAGAAUAUGACAUCGACAAGUACUUGAAUGAACUUGGGGAUUUGCAGAUUUCCUAUCCGCCGUGCCAUCUGGAGAAGUUGAAGCUGAGGGGCGACACGCUGGGGUCGAUGUAUAAUGCCAACGGGGAAGCUAUUGAAGAAAGUGUUGCCAAUGUGGCCUCUGAUCAGAAGACAUCAGGAUCCGCGUCUGGAGCAGAGGGCAAGCCAGAUGGUGAAAGAGGUGCCGUAGAAUGAACGACACACUAUCGUUUUGUUAACUUUGGUCAUGUUUUGCUGUGAAUUAAUUUCUGUAUAUACAUUCUUUGGGCUCUUUAGGCCGCUAGUAUGUAGAUGAUUGUAAUAGAGCAAAUUAUCAAUACAAAUAGAACUUUGUUUCCUGUUGGUUGUCUUGGUGUGUGUACUGUAUGUGUUUUUUGUUGUUUAGGACUUAA